AUGGACCCUAAUAAGACGAUAGAUGACACAUAAUUUUCACUAUUUGAAAAAAAACCUAAAAAAUCUUAAUUUUUCUAAAAGAUAUUCUUUUUUAUUUUAGGUGUGUCAUCAUUAUCAGGAUGGAAUGCUAUCUUAACUGGGUUGUCAUAUUUUGCUGAUUAAUACGAUGGUAAAAAAAUUUACCAUAAAUUAUUUAGGACGAAAUGUUUACUUCAUAAUGCCUAUUCCUAAUUUUAUUGGUUUAUGUUUGAUUGGAUUAUUUUUGCCACGCAUAAGUUCUUUACUUUCCAUGUUUUUUAGGAUUGUGUGGUCAUUAACAAUUUUAUGUAUUCUUUUGAUUCUUUUACCAAUAAUCGCAUUAGAAAUGCAUAGUACUUUAGGUAUCAAUAUAAUAAAUAUAAUAAGGAUAUUGGUUAUGUUUAAUAACAAUUUUUAUAAUGGGAAUAUUUUCAUCCUUAUAAUAGAAUAGUUCAAUUGGUAUGUCUGGAAUACUUGGUCCAGAAUAUGUGAAUGUUUUCUUUAUUGGUACAGGAGCGUCUGGAACCAUUAUUACAAUUUUUAGAUUAAUAUCUUUGGCUGCGAUUAAUAGUGAAAAAUGUAAUUUUAUUCUAUAUUGAAUAGCAAUUUUUUUAUAUAUUGGUAUUGCAGUACUUUGGAAUAUUGGUGCUAUAGUGAUGUAUUUUGCAUUUACUAAGACCCCCUAAUAUAGAAAGAUUAUCUAAGCUCAUAAAAAGGGAAGAAAAUCAGUUUUAGUACAUGAUCAAAUAAUUACUUAAGAUGAACCAGAUGAUGUUAAAUAAAAUGAUAGUUUGAUUUCUGAUAUUAUGAAUUCAGAAAUUGCAAACUAAAUUAAUAUAACCUAAGAUUCCCAUCCAAAUACAGAAAAUUAAUUAACUAAUUAAAAUAAAGAUUAAAUUUCUAUUGAAAAGAUGAAUGUUAUUUAAACUUUAAUAUGGAUAAAUAAAGUUGCUUUUCCUAUUCCAUUAUUAAUUGUGAUUUUAUAUGUUUAAACAUUCAUGAUGUUUCCAGGAGUUGCAUUUCAAAAGUCCUUUGAUUCUGAUUUUAUCAAUUGGGGUUAAUGUUUUAUUAGUCUUGGAUACAAUAUGGGUGAUACUUUAGGAAAGUUCUUGGCUGGUAAUAGAAAAUUAUUUAAUUUAUAAAUUUUGAUUGGAUUAUUUUUAGCUAGAUUUAUUUUUUAUUAUACUUAUAUUGCAAUUGCUAAAGGAACAUUAGAUGCCAAUUGGAUUUCAUAUAUGAAUACAUUUCUUUUUGGAACCUUCAAUGGAUUUAUUACAACAGGCUAUAUGAUUUUGGGACCAGAAAAAGUAAUUAAGAAAAUUUAUAUUAUUAGACUAAUGAAGGAUUUGUUAAAGAAAAAAUUGGAUUUGUGUCUGGAUUUUCACUUUGCUUUGGUAUUAUGUUAGGAACAUUUUUAGCUUUGCCUUUUUCAAAUAUAUCUAGUUGA